ACGAAAUCGAACAACUGGGACGGCGACGGCAGGGAUGUCGGGCACGACGACAACGAAUGCAACUACAACGAAUGCGACUGCCAACGAAAUGGCAUUUGGCAUGUACAAAGAGUACAACGUGUCUAUUUACGUGCUGCUGUUCAUGCUCCUGGUCCUGACUUCCAUCGGGGUCAGCCACGUUCUUGAGCAAAGACUCCAACUCCACUUUAUCUCCAGCAGUGGCGGUACGUACUCUCUCACUGGAUGCCUUAUCCAUGUCGUGGAUGCGUAGCAAUUAUUAUUGUUGGACUCAUUGCCGGUGCACUGUGCUCAUUUGACCAGUCGGACAUUGUAGCCCGUUGGCUCGUCGGAUUUGAUCCGAACGUGUUCUUCGUGGGGCUACUGCCUCCCAUCAUAUUUAACUCUGGUAAGGACGAGUUUAUGAGCAUGUUCAUCACGUGUGGGCAUAUAGGGUAUACGAUGAAGCGGCGGCAUUUCUUCGACAACUUGACGAGUAUUCUCAUGUUUGCCAUAUUGGGAACCUUCAUCUCGGCCGUCGUGGUCGGUGGAUUUCUCUAUCUGCUGGGGACCAUCGGACUGAGUUUGCAAAUGCCACUUGCCGAGUGCUUGGCAUUUGGCGCGCUCAUCAGCUCGACAGACCCCGUCACAACGCUGGCCGUGUUCCAAGAGCUCCAUGUGGACCCGAAGUUGUUUUACAUUGUCUUUGGCGAGAGCGUACUCAACGACGCCAUCUCGAUCGUUCUUUUCAACACGUUUGUCAAGUUCAUUGGCGUGACGGAGGUGCACGCACACGCAGUGUCGUACGCGGUGCUCGACUUCAUCGGAGUUUGUGUGGGGUCGAUCUUGGUCGGCGUCACUUUCGGCUGCCUAUCGUCCAUUGCACUCAAGCACGUCAAGGGCCUGGCGGUUAUGCACGAAGUGAGCCUGUUUGUCCUUGUCGCGUACAUCCCGUUCCUCGUUGCCGAGGUCCUCGAGCUGUCUGGCAUCGUUGCGAUCCUGUUUGCAGGCAUGUUCAUGCGGCAUUACACUUUCAACAACCUUUCGUCCGCGGCCAAGGACAUCGCGUCCAACUUGUUUCACAUUGUCGCGUUCAUGUGCGAACUCGUCGUGUUUCUCAACUUGGGGCUGUCCUUCUUUGCAAUGGAGCGCGGGUUAAGCAUUCCGUUUAUGCUGUGGUCGCUGCUAGCGUGUCUUGUCGCCCGCGCAAUGCACGUGUACCCACUGUCGUCGUUGCGCAAUGUAUGCAUGCGCCGAGGCGACACGCAGAAUCGCCUGGACCGAAACGAACAGCACAUGAUUUGGUUCAGCGGCCUUCGUGGCGCGAUCGCGUUCUCACUGGCGCUCUCGUUCCCUGCUCCAUUUCGAGAGGAAGUUCGAGCGGCCACGAUGGUUGUCGUCGUGGUCACCGUCCUCGUCAUGGGAGGGCUCACGGUGAAGGCCCUCGACGUGCUCAACAUCCAGCGUCUUGUCCAUGUACUCAAUCCAAACCCAUUCAUCUACCUGAGAUGCGCAUCUAAUUGUAGAAAGAUGAUGCAAGUGACAGCGCGGACGCGGUUCAUUCCUCGAUCAGCCGCCAUGUCCUGUUAAAAUGGGACGCAACCUAUCUCAUGCCGUGGCUCACGAAUGCGGUGCCCCCGACCUACGACGAUGUAGAUGUACACUCGAUUCCCUCCAGCGAAUCUACACCCAACAGCGUCACCGAUGACGGUGAGGACGAACAGAGAACUUUGGCUGCUAACGUUCGCCGCGACAUUGCAAUUGAAGACGCCGUCACUACCGAGGGGGAUGCUGUGCAUCCGAGCCACUCCACGCACCACCAUGAAGUCAUAGCUGCCCCGAGCGCACUGGACGCCGUCGUGCUGGUUUAACUUAACGAGUUUGAACGGUUUCAUGAUCGGUUACAGAA